UUCUAGCAAAGAUAUCUUCAUUUGAAUAGGUUCCUCCAACAAUUUUCGGCACCCUUUCCUUUUCUGUUGGAACCUGUGUUUUCCAUGAUAAAUAAAAAUCAAGAGACGAAGUACUAGCUGGUUUAAUGAUAAAUUUAUCUACAUACAUAAUUGUCAUAUAAAAGAAAUAUUUAAUUUGAAUUCUACGAAUCCAAACUUUGGUAAAAAACAAUCGUUGAUGAAAGAUAAUAAUGGCUUGUCCACUCAGUGUCACUCAUAGACAUGAAACUGUAACACAUACCUAUAAAUAGCAACGAUAUAUAUGAUGAGUAUGAAAGUGUUUUACUAUGUAUUCAAAAUAAUUUUCAAUAAAUAAGCAAUUUUAUAGCUGUGUAGUUUAUUUAUUUCACUUUCUACUUCUAUUUUUGAGUACUGAGUACCACACCACCUGAUAUUUUAUUGCUACUUCGCGCCUAUUUCGUCCACGCGUUGUGAUAGGAUUAAUAGAAUCCUCGUUGUUCCUCCAUACUAAUUAAAGAAUUGAAUUAAAAUUUUAAUCUCCUUUAUUUCUGUUUCUAUUGAAACCAUAAUAACUUUUAAGAUCUUCUAUAAAUUUUCGAUUUAUUUUGAAUACAAAAAUAAAAAUUCCUUGUAAUAUAAAGGUUCCAAUGAGUUCCAAUAUUUCCAGCCUCCCCAAAUUUCUUUAAUUCAUUUCCUGGACUGGCAGGUACAGCCCCAGGUCCCGGAUACCCACGGUUGGUGGAUUCUCCUCAUAGCGGGACCGGUUCACCCCAUGGAACACCUCAACCGUCACCACCACCUUUGGCUAUCAAUAAUUGUUCACCAAUUUCGCAUGGUGUUAUUGAAAAACCAAUCGGAACGGUUUCCGUCGCAUAUCAAGAAAAUGUGGGUGGAACGACGUAUUUUUAUCCAACGGCAGCUGAUACUUCACAUACGUCGAACGAUUCAACGAUGAGUUCGAUUACAAAUACAAGUGUUGGAUCUGCGUACCAAGUUUACCCGGGAACGCCGAGUCACAUUAGCUCGAUAAAAACGAGGGGAACGAACAGUUCGUUUUUUAUAUCGGAUGAUGCUCGAUUAGAAAUACUGAGUCGAAAUGCUUUGACGUUAGCUCAAAGUGAUCCAGAACAAUAUCCAGAUCUCCCACAAGAAGUUGAUAAUUAUCACGAUUUAUGUCCUCUUGAGCCGAUUCCAAAUAAUACACUACAAAAGGCUCACCUCGGAUAUCAAGCGUCGAUGUACAAGGCUACCAACGUAAAAACAGGUCUUAGAUAUUGCUUAAGAAGGAUUCAUGGUUUUCGUUUGCAAAAUACGAAAUGUAUGACGUAUGUUGACCAAUGGAAAAAACUCGUGCAUUCCAAUAUUGUUCAAUUGAAAGAAGUUUUUACUACUAAAGUGUUUAAUGAUAACUCUCUUGUUUUUGUUUACGAUUAUCACCCGGGUUCGGAGACUCUUCUAAGCAAACACUUUACCCCGGACCAGUUAAAUGGGUACACAGAUCCUUUUGCCAAUGAUCCAUCACCGAGACCAUACAGUCAACAAAAAAACAAUAUCUUAAGACACCAGCAAAGCAACAGACUUCCAGAAUCGCUUAUAUGGAAUUAUAUUAUUCAGCUAACUUCCGCGCUAAGGAUUAUUCAUUCUGCUGGUUUGGCAUGUCGGAGUUUAGAUCCAACAAAAAUCAUCAUAACAUCCGGUAACCGGCUCAGAUUAAGCUGUUUGGGCGUGAUGGACGUAAUCAUGAGCGAUACAAGUUCGACGGGAAACGCCAGCGCUUUAAUUCAACAUUAUCAACAAGACGAUUUGUCGGCUUUGGGGAAACUGGUUUUGGCGCUAGCUUGUAAAUCGACGAUGGCCGUUCAAAGGGACAACAUCACCACGGCUUUAGAACUUGUCACUCGCACAUAUACAGCUGAUUUACGCAAUCUCAUCAUGUAUUUACUAACGAUGGCUGCAAGGAGAAGCGUCACGGAUUUAAUGCCUAUGAUUGGUGCUCGUUUUUACACGCAAUUAGAUAAUAUUCAGUCUCGUACGGACGUUUUGGAAAAUGAAGUGUCGAAGGAGAUGGAAAAUGGACGUUUAUUCAGGUUAUUGGUGAAGUUAGGGACGAUUAAUGAACGUCCGGAGUUAAAUUUGGAUGGAACAUGGAGUGAAACUGGGGAUAGAUAUAUGUUGAAGCUCUUCCGUGAUUAUGUUUUCCAUCAGGUUACUGAAGAAGGUCGACCUUGGCUAGAUAUGGCUCAUGUUGUGCAGUGUUUAAAUAAAUUAGACACUGGUGCUCCAGAAAAGGUUUGUUUGAUGUCGAGAGAUGAACAAAGUAUAUUGGUUGUGAGUUACGCCGAAUUGAAACAUUGCCUCUUGCAAUCUUUUGAUGAGAUCCUCAAUGUCUCAGUUUCGACGUCGGAAAAUAACGUCUCGUAGAAAAUCAGAAAGCCGUCAUCUUCUCGUCGAUGAGUAAUUAAAAAAGGCAGCAGCAGGAAAAUGGUAAAGUUAGAGAAAAAUAAUUAUUAAAAAAGAAUUUUUUGGGUGGGUGAAAAAUGAUUGGGUUUAGGCAGUAAACGUAAAUAAUGUAAUUUCGCCAAAUCUAAGUACAAA